AUGACUGAUCUGAUAACACAUAUACCCACUUCCGAGCUAUCCACUUGCACACCAGCUUUACGCAACCAACCCGUAUCUAAAAUAGAAAACUAUGAUCCAACUACUUACAAGACACUUGCUUUCUAUAAAUUUCAUGACUUUACUCAGCCUCAACUAGAAGAACUUCGAGAAAAACUAUUGAUCGACCUUGGUGAACUUGGCAUCGUUGGAAGAAUUUAUAUUUCAAAAGAAGGCAUUAACGCUCAGAUGGCUUGUCCUGAAGAGUGUCUGCCAAAGCUUCAAGAAUAUGUAGAAAAGAGCAUUAAGCCUUUGGUGGGAGGAGACUUGAUGGAUUUGAAUUUGGGAACAGAGCACGGUAAGAGAUCUUUCCGUGCUUUGCAUGUCCGUAUUCGCAAACAGCUUAUCGUCGACGGCCUAGACCCUUCUUCUUACAAUCUUAAUAAUGUGCCUUCUCAUCUUUCACCGGCUGAAUGGCAUGAGAAGCUCAGCACAUAUGAAAAGCAGCAUGGAAAGAAGCCCAUCUUGAUCGAUAUGCGAAACCACUACGAGAGCAACAUUGGAUUUUUUGAAGGUGCCAUCCGCCCCGACGCAGAUACUUAUAAAGAUUGCAUUAAAGCCAUGAACGAAAUCUGCGCUGAAGUUCCAAGGGAUGAAGAAAUAUUCAUGUACUGCACUGGCGGUAUUCGAUGCACAAAGGCAGGUGCCAUUUUACAAUCUGCAUCAGGGUUCAAAAAAGUGCAUCUAGUCGAUGGCGGUAUCACUGCAUAUGGCCGAUGGAUCGCAGAGCAAGAGGAUAAAGAAUCACUUUUCAAAGGCAAGAACUUCACAUUUGAUGCACGUAUGGGCGAAAAGAUUACAGAUGAUGUCUUUGGUAAAUGCCAAAUCUGUGGACAACCAUGCAAUAGAUACCAAAACUGCUCUCACUCCUCUUGCAACAUCUUGAUGCUCUGCUGUCCAAGUUGUUCUGCACAGUUCUUGAAUACUUGUGCACGCUUAAAAUGCUAUGAUACCGUUCAUGAAUUUGUGAACAGCGCGUCAGAACUCUUCAAGCCAGACGGACCUGUCAUGGUGAAUGGUGUACGAGCCUUUGUAAAGCAGGGAGAAAAGAAUAUGGACAAAGAAUCAAGCCGUGUUGUUAUCGGUAAGCAAGGAGUCAAAUGUGAUAAUGAACAUAAUCGCCGUAUUCGUGCUAUCGAAGUCCUGGGCGAGCCUGGCGAAGUGUUGAAAGAAUGGGCAAAGGCUGGUAGAGAUUUGCCACCAAAACCUGAUGUAACAAUGAACAGUGAAAUUUAA